CGUGAUGGCAUUCGAUUCAUCUGCCAAAGUGGCGCCUCCUUGGCGUCUAAGUUCAUCCUAACCAGCUCUUGUGUCGGUGGUCUUGUGUCGGUAAAGGGCAGACACCGACCACAUUCACUCACCGAAAGCAUUCAUAAAGAUUCGGCUGUGCUACAGACACAGAAAGGGGGCCGACCAUCCGGAUUCAGCGUCGUGUGUGUGUCUGCACAUCCCGUCAUUUCCCCCAGCUGCACGGGGGUGUCUUGUCCAAUUUCCACAUACAUCUCUUCGGGCCACUAUACUUGCGGCCGUCACGGUAUUCGACCACGUCACCUCCUGACAUUCACACCAGAACCGUACGUGAUGCCGCACUCAUAUGCUGCAAUGCGUGAGGCUGGCAGCAUGCUCCCUGUGUGUCACAUACAUACCGGCCGAACUGUCGUUGUCGUAGUAGGUGGGAGACAUGAGGAUCUUGUCGUCGCCGCCCUUCGUCCACUUCACCUGCAAUGCAGUGCAUGGUCGAUCGACACAUACAAUCAUAAGUGGCUGAAUCCAUGGAGGUGUCGCGGUCAAGGCAAGGCUUGCCUUCGCGCCUGUGUAUCCGGGGUCACAGAGUAUGAGAGGGGCCGGGUUCAGGCCGUAGCCGGUGACGGCGCACACCCUGGUGAAAGGGCACGUGUUGACGCUACCACCCCCGCCAUCGGCGGGACACUCUGCAAGCACAAGCAGUGGAGGGACGUCGACAGGCCAGCACCCGCCCACUGAUGCGUCAGCUGCCAGGCACACCACCACGCCGGGGUCAGUAUGUGUCUUACUGUAGCCAAUACCCGUAGCCAAUCUUCUUGAUGUCAUCGAGGGUGACACCACACAGCUUGGUACUGCCGCCUGGCAGUGCAGAGGCCAGGAGAGAUUGCACACAUACAGUCAGUAGUCGCCACAUGCCCGACCGCUCAUUCAGUUCAUGUGUGGACCCCGGAAUCCGAUGAUGUGUGCGGUGCACUGGCCGACGACACAGCCCACGAUGACCACUGCAAUGAGAGACACACUCGUCAUCUUGACUCGACGUGGCGCCGGGGGACACUGAAAAUGAGGAGGACACGAUGCAGAGUCGACCACGGACGGCGACCGUCAAGUCUCGAGGGCUGUCGCUUACGGCUGAUGCAGCUUGCUUGACGCAGGGGACCUGAAAAGGGAUGGGAAAUAGGAUCUGCGGAGGACAGGCGAGAGGCGAGACGCCUGCGCCCCACAUCAGGCCCCCAGGCAU